CUUCGUUGGUUUCGGUUGCCCAACUAAGUAGUAUGUCGGAAAAAUCUGUGAAACCGGGCGAGGAAAACGAUUGUGAUACCUCUUGCGAAUUGAGUGAGCGUAAAAAUUCAAACGAGUUUUCACCCGCAGCGUUCUAAUCUUCAGCAUUUCUGUUUUCUCUGCUGUCGAUAUGCGGCGGUGUGCUGUUAGUCAUAUGAGCUGGAAAUGAACCAUCUGUUGAUCGUUGACCGCGGCAGCAGUCAAAAGUAUGAAGGAAAACGUGAGAAAAGCGAUGAAAAUUAAUAGCAAAAUUAAUAUGCCAUAGAGGAGCGGAUUAUACGAAGUAAUCGGUGGGCCGCCCGAAGAAAUUUAUGGCGUUCAAAUGUGAUCUAGUGUUGCAUCUUUCCAGAAAAUUUAUUGAGUUGAGUGAGAUUUGAGAAAAAAAAAUUAGCGAUGACGAAUUCCCCGGAAAACGGAACGGUCACAAGUGAUCUUAUGGAGCAUUUUAAAAAGAUUGAUGUUAAAGUCGUCGAUCAGGAGCAAGAAGCAUUUACAGUCAGGGUUGUUAAGUUUUGGAAAAGGCUGGAAAUCAAAACGGCGUUAUCUCACGUGGGCUUGUUGUUAUCGUUGGCAAUUUAUUGUGGAGUAGGAGGAGUGAUAUUCCGGGAGCUCGAAUUGCCGGCAGAAGUUGCACGUAUCAAAGGCCUGCGAGAAUCAUUGGUUGAACAACGUGAGCAUUUCAUUUAUUCCAUAGUGAACAAUACCGAUGUACGAAAUCUGGAUACAUUGUUUUCAUUAGAGUUAGAGAAGUAUGAAAAGGUAGUACAAGACGCUGCUCAGGGAGGAAUUUCCAUAGACGUGGAAAAUAAUUUUCCGGUAGGAUCAGAGAAAUGGAGCAUCCUGCAGGCCGUAUUCUUCGCAUCAACUGUCUUAACGACAAUCGGUUAUGGAAAUAUAGUGCCGGUAACGCUGUGGGGGCGAAUUUUCUGCAUACUCUUUGCACUGAUCGGUAUUCCACUGACGUUGUCGGUUAUUGCCGACUGGGGUCGACUGUUUGCGACGGCAGUUUCGAUCCUUGGGAAACACUGGAAGUCCGUUAUACCCUUCGCAAGAUUUUGUCCUGAUGUAGGGCUCAAGAUGAGUGACAAAAAAUGGCUCUACGCCGUUGGCGCUGUUUGCUUUCUGGGUGUAUACCUUGCGGCUGGAACUGGCUUACUGUUGCUGUGGGAGGAAGACUGGAACUUUUUCGAUGGAUACUAUUUCUGUUUCAUCACUAUGACUACAAUUGGAUUCGGCGAUCUUGUUCCAAGUAAACCAAAUUACAUGCUACUGUGUACCUUAUAUAUUUUAGUAGGAUUGGCCUUGACUUCUACAAUUAUUGAACUUGUGAGGAGACAGUAUGCGCAAAGCUGGCAUAAACUGCAAGCUUUAUCAGGCCCGCUUGCCGAAACGCUGCGCCGGUUGGGUGAGUCGGCGGGAACUGGAAUCGAUGUCACGGCAUUGCACAACGAUUUGAGACGGGUUCUGACCGUUGUCUCGAUGCCUCGACGCCACGGAAGCAAAAAGAAUGAUCCCAGCGAAAUGGCUGCUUUGGAAGCGAUUACCAAUGCAAUACUGCAAGAUAUUAAGGAGAAACAGGAAAGUAAGGAACCACCGAAAGUCGUUCAGAUUGUCAUCUACGAAUCGUCCGUCUAGAUUGAGUGGUGCAUCACAGCAUCGACACGUGAUUGAAAAUUUUACUACGAUGAAACCUUCGGCGCAUUUGCACGUAUGCAAAAGCUGUAGUUUGUAUUAGCGAAACCUGUUUUGGCGCGUCUUCAUAAAGCACUCUUACAAGAACGUCCAUAAAGAAUAGGAAUAAUUGUCUGUACAGGAACAUAGAUUAAAAAUUGGAGGACGGAACUCGAUGUGCAUUCUAUUAAUUAGUAGGAACGCCAUCCGACAAGCUUCACAUAAAUCUACAUGUUUUAUGUUGAUAUCAUAUCAGUAAUUUUUCAACUUCACAAUGGUUAUGAGCAGCAUAUCAACGAAGCUUAAACAGUGAAACAUCGCUUAAAAUGAAUACAGUUGAUGGGAUUUGAUUGGAAAUUCAAGGAAAAAUGUAGUUUUCAUUAGAUUAACGCAUAACAGAAUAAAAUUAGGAUACAAUGGA